CUGGGUGAACCAUUUCAGGAAUGGGUCUUCUUAUCGCUAAUGAAUUCGGUCUCGUUUUCAACUGCCGUUAGGGUCCUUUCAAAGUCAUAGGCAUCGUACUUAUUCGACGACUUUGCAGGGCCAUCUCAUGGCAGGGCUUUUCACGGCAUUACUGCACGUGGUGAGCUUGGUAUCACAAAUAAAUACUUGGUAAGAUUGACAGCCUGAGAGGCUCUUUUCUUUACUACACUCAUCACCUCUUCAAAAGGCUCAUCCAAAGAUUCUAUCACCCAUUUCUUUCAAUCUUAAUGGAUUUAGAUUUACUGCAAGUGUCCCCGCCAUCAUUGGCGUACAUUUGUCUUGGUGGUUUUGUAGUCUUGUUCUCCAUGAUAUCCCUCCUGGUAAAAGAGAAGCUUUAUAUCAACGAAGUCGUUCUUGGAACCGGCUUCGGAGUCAUCAUAGGCCCUUACGUCGCCAAUGUAUUCACACCCCGCACAUGGGGUGCCUUGGAAAACACCAUAACAUUGGAGGUAAUGCGCAUCGUCCUCGCCACCGGCUUGUUCGCAGUUGGAGUCGAAUUGCCAUGUGCAUAUAUGAAAGAACAUGCAAAAAGCUUGCUCGUAAUCGUCGUGCCCACCAUGGCCUUUGGCUGGGUCGUUGUCGCUGCCGUCAUACAGGCGCUUUUCCCGGAGCUCAAUUACAUUUCAUCUCUUUGCAUUGCUGCCUGUUUGACUCCUACGGAUCCCGUCACAUGUGCUGCCAUCACCCGCGGUAAAUUUGCCACUAAACAUGUCCCUGUGAAUAUCCGUCGGAUAUUGUCUGCGGAAUCCGCAGCAAAUGAUGGUCUUGCCUACCCGUUUCUUGCGAUAUCCAUAUACCUCACUGUAGAGACGUCCGUUCGAACCGCUUUCGGCAAGUGGUUCCUGGUCGGAUGGCUAUACCAGGUCAUACUUGGCACUGUUUUAGGCGCCGUUCUUGGCCUUCUAUUUUCGAAGCUCAUGAAGAUAUCCCAUAAUAGGGGCUUCAUAGAUCGUGAAUCAUAUGUGGCACAGUACUUGGCUCUGUCCAUCUUCACCAUCGGAAUCGCAAGUACCAUCGGUGCAGAUGAUCUUCUUGCAGCAUUCGCAGCAGGUUCUGCAAUUUCUUGGGACGGUCACUUCAAUGUACAAACAGAGAAUGAUGUAUUCUCUUCCGUGAUAGACUAUGUCCUCAACUGUGGCUGCUUCAUCUACAUUGGUGCUUGGCUACCUCUUGAGGCCUACAACUCUCCCGAAUAUGGUAUCACGCCUUGGAGGCUCGUUCUCCUUGUGAUUGUUAUUUUGGUUCUGAGGCGAAUUCCUCCCUUAUUGGCGCUCUACAAGUUUGUCCCCGAGAUUGCUACCUGGAAGGAAGCAUUAUUCUCUGGCCACUUUGGUCCAAUGGGAGUCAGCGCAGUUUUCGUGUCUGCUUUAGCUCUUACGCGUCUACCCACCCCGGAACACCCACCGGCGAAUCAAGCACAGUACCUCGCAGCAACUAUCCAGCCUAUUGUCUCCUUUGUCGUGCUCGGUUCUAUUAUCGUUCAUGGCUUGUCUAUCCCAUUCUUUAACAUAGGCCGCGGCGUACGCUCUCGCACGGUUUCGUUGACCACCUCAUGGACCAGCCGUAAUCGUGUUAUAGUCCCGGAUUGGAUUCUUUGGGCCCGCCGUGCUCCCGAUAUUGUGGAGUCAGCUGUGGAUGAAGAUGUAGAACGAGGCUCCACCAAGACUCCUAAAGACACCGUUGAAUCUACUGUGGAUAUUCCAGUUACUGGUCCCCCGGGUGUCGUAACCUUCCAGGAUGUUCUUGCGGAUAUCGACUCAGUCAUGACCAGACGUCAUGGUCGUAGUGAAGAUGACUUCUCUCCAGAACUGGUGCAGGUUGACACUGUCAACAAACCCCCUGGACCAGUGAUUCUGGAUAAUGGUGCUUUGGAUGAUAAUCGGAUUCAGAUUUCACGAUUCGCCAUGUUACAUACGAUACGCUACGGGCCACGUUGAAACCCAUAUUUCCCCUUCUGCACUCCUUACUGCUUCUUCCCUGUUCAUUUACCUUCCACUUUCCCUUGGGGUGGGAAUAAUGACAUGUACACAUUUGCAAAGAUGUUACCCCUCGGGGUACCAAUGCCCGUGCAAAGGAUAGUCAAGUGUGGAUGAUCAGAGGAUGAAUAAACAAGCGGGUAUGUAUGCGGCGAAUGGUCCAAACACUAUAAAACCUCUAAACUAUAAGAUACAUAUGCAAUGGCGCAGGUUAGCCCUGGGUAUGAACUAUUGAUAUAGUAUGUGUAUACGGAGGUGUACGUAGAGACGAUGAAAUCAACUGGAGUGAAUCAUUCAUUCAAAAGGAUUCGUGCGUCCAGCCUG